AUGGUGGCAGAACUGGUUUUCUGGCUUGUCCCCAACUUUUACGCCUCCGCAAUCGCGGCUGCCUUCCAGGGGUUCUUCAUCGGACCCAUGUUUCCCCAUGCGGUUUCUGUUGUCACUAGAUUGCUGCCGCCUCAUCUACACGUCGUGGUGAUUGGAUUCGUAGCAGCUCUGGGUGGCUGCGGGGCGUCUCUGUUACCCUUUGCGGUGGGCUUACUUGCACAACGGUACAGCGUGAUAGCGUUGCAGCCCUUUAUUUUAGGAUGUUUGGCUCUAGCAUUGGUUGUCUGGGUCUUCAUACCGAGUCACGGACGCGCGAGUGCAGUCUGCUGA